AUGAUUGUGGCAGUUGUUGGGUGCACACACGGGGAGUUGGAUUUGGUUUAUAACUCUUUAAGUCGUUUAGAGGAAGAAAAUAAUUUCAAAAUUAACUUACUAAUAUGUUGUGGAGAUUUUCAAAGUAUUCGAUAUAAUCUCGAUAAUGAUUCUUUAAAUGUACCUAAUAAAUAUAAAAAAGAAGAAAAUGAUUUUACUAAAUAUUUUACAGGAGAAAAAAAAGCAAAAAUAUUAACAAUUUUUAUAGGUGGAAACCAUGAAGCUAUGAAUGUAUUGAAACAAUUAUAUUAUGGUGGUUGGGUUGCUCCAAAUAUUUAUUAUUUAGGUUAUUCAAAUGUUAUUAAUAUAAAUGGUAUAAGAAUAUGUGGUUUAAGUGGUAUAUAUAAAAAAUAUAAUUUUUAUAAAAAAUAUGAUGAGUGCUAUCCAUACAAUGAUAUAUCUAAAGUAAGUGCAUAUCAUAUACGUAAAUAUGAAAUUGAAAAAUUAAAAAUAUUAAAAAAUAAAGUUGAUAUAAUUGUUACUCAUGAUUGGCCAAAUAAUAUUGAAAAACAUGGAAAUUUAAAUGAGUUGCUAAAAUGGAAAUCUUUUUUUAAAUCAGAAAUUUUGAGUAACACAUUAGGAAAUCCACAAACAGAAAUAUUACUAAAUAAAUUAAAACCACAUUUUUGGUUUGCAGCUCAUUUGCAUGUUAAAUAUUCAUCUAUCUACAUUCACAGUGAUAAAAUAAAUUAUACGAAAUUCCUGUCUUUAGAUAAAGCUGAACCUCAUAGGCAUUUUAUACAAAUUCUAAAUUUUGAAAAGGUUGAAAAUUGUUUGCGCCUUAAAAAUGACCAUAUUCCAAGACCCGUCGAGCUUGGUCUACAAAACGUGGGCAGUCCAUCUGGGGAAGGAGAAAAGGAGGGAGAAGUACCAAAGGAAGAAGCACAAAAGGAAGAAGCAGAAAAGGACGAAGCGGAGAAAGAGAACUACUACCUAUGCUAUGACAUAGAAUGGCUAGCUAUACUAAAAGCGAACCACCAUUUGAUUUCUAUAAAUAGUGAUAAAAAUUAUAAUUUAGAAGAAUUAAAAUAUCCAACAAAUGAAGAUUUUGAAUUUGUUAAAGAAAAAUUAAAAAAUUUAAAACAAAUUUCAAUAAAUGGAAAAGAAUACUAUCCUAUACAUGGCUAUAAUACACCAAACUAUAAAAAUUUAAUAGAACAAAGAAAAUAUUUUUUAAGUCUUUUGGAUUUAGAAGAACUUAAUAUAUACAAUGAUUAUGAACUUAACUUUUUUAAUGAAGAAAUAAAAAAAUUAAAUCAACAAUUACCCAAAGAAAAUUCUCAAAAUUUAAUAGACCAACAAAUAAACUCAUGUUUGAAUGAGUAA